CUACACUAACAUGGAAGGGGGUGUCAGAUUAGUGGAGCCCUGCUGACGUCUUUCAGCGCGUGGGACCAGCUUGUCUCGAUCUGGCUGGACGCCUGGGGGCUGCUUUUCCGGGGGGACGGGGGGGGACCACUGAUGGAUGGAUCACCUUCGCGAGAGCUGCGAGGAAGCGGGUUGUCAAAGGGGAUUUUGGGGGGGAGAAGACUCUGCUGCACACACCAACGCAGCAAAAGCCCAGAUGUGGCCAAAUCGAGAAUGAGCAGUCGGGUCUGGCAACACCGCUGCUGGCUCAUGGAUCCAUUCAUCUCCAACCCAACACCAUUCCUUCCCCUUCGUCCAUUCCCAUUCCCAUCACCAUCACCAUCACCACCGCCAUCAUAACCACCAUCGUCCUCCACCAUCGUCCUCCACCAUAUCAUACCCUUGUCGCUGUCGCCGUCCAGCUGCCAUCGGCGCCCAGCUUUUUGUUGAUUGCCCUGUAUUUUUCUCUCCUUUGGUGAUUGCUUCCACCCAUCACCCUCUUUUUUCUCACCAACCCCGAGCCCACCCGGUGUUCCAUCCGAUCUCGUUGCGAUACCCUCAUCAUCCACGCGCCCGCAUCCGCGCCAACACUGCCGCUGACCUCCUGUUCCCCCCCUAGCGAUCUCGGAGCCGUCUCUCUAGAGCAGAUUGUCAGAAGCCAGAAGAGUGCAGGUCACCCUUUUCUUUAGUUUAAACAGACUUGCCGAUAGCUUCGUAAUUCCUCGACGGGACGCGUGCUAGGUGGGCAAAAAAGUGUCGAUGAAUGCACAUGAAUUGUAAAAACUACACAGUAACAGAAGCACCAUGGACGGGCGGGACCACUUCUCGACCGUGCUGCAACGGCCGCCUCACUUUGACGAGGACGGCAGUAAUGGCAAUGGCGGCGGCAGUGCAAACGAAGAUCGCGGACCGCGUGGAGGGCUGCGCGACAUCUUGAAUCCAGUGAGCUCUGCCUCGCAGCCAGCGUCAGCUCUUGGGCCGCCAGGAACCCCCGGAGCACCCGCGCCUCCACGGCCGCACUCGUCCUUCAGUCUAAGAUCACCAACACAAGGUGACUAUCACACCCCGAACCCCUACUCUACCUCGCCUGGCAGCCAUCCCUCGGGCUCUCGUUCCAUCCUCAGCAAUCCCGUGGCAGGAGCCUCGAUUUCGGCAGCCUCCUUCCCACCACCACCACCACCGCCGCCUCCACCACUGUCGGCAUCGCUGCAGGCACCGCCGGCCAUUGCAUCGCCAUUGACGACACAACAACACCCGCCGCCCGUAUCGCCGCUGCACGCGCCGCACGUGUACUACUCGUCCGAGAUUCGAGAUCGUGAUCGAGACAGAGGCAGAGACAGAGACAAUCGCGACCCGGUUCUCGAAAAGUCGGCGGGCAGCAGCUUCUACGACCCGACGGCGGAUUCAACAAAGAAAGAGCGCGAGCGCAGGGUUUCGGACACGGGCUCCUCCUCCUGGCGCAACGCGACGCAGAGCUCGACACCAAAGGCUCGCGACUCGUACAAUUAUUCCCAAUCAUCCGACUAUUACACCGCGAACAACAUCGCCACAUCCUCCGCCAGCAACCACCAGGGCGGCAUCAUCAACGGCGCCAGCUACGCAUCCCAUGCGACUUCAUCCCUCUCACGAAGUCCCGUCUCUCAGUACCAUCCUGCUCCCACUGCAGGAUCCAUCAGUCCAUCAGCACCUGCAUCGGCUCGACUUGGUGCCAUUUCAUCGCCCAGUCUGAGGCACAGCCAGAUGUCCCCUUCCACCAUCAACGGGACCACUCCAACUGCGUUGCCUGUCCUCGCACGGAGCGGGUCCCCAACCCCAUCAUCAUCUAAGGGCCAGGGCGUCUCAGGUACUCCAAGUCGUGCCGCAGGUGUCAUGUCCUUUUCCAACAUCCUCUCCGAACCUGUCUCGCGACCCAGAGCGACCUCGCCAUCUACAACCGACGAUACCCCCAUCCGAGUGGAAAGAGCCGGAACCGUCGACAAGGCUGACCGCGAGAAAAAGCCAAGAAAGACCAUCAAGUCGCGUGUUUCCGAAAUGAAGGGUGUCGAGUCGACGCCCAAGGCGUCCAGAAAGACCGCCUCCAAACCCGAGACCCCGGCUUCCGGUCCACGACUUCCAGCGAAACGAUCGGCCAACGGGCUUACGAAGCAAAAGUCCUUCUCUGCCGACAAAGAAAGGAAGAUUCAAGAGGAAAUGCAGCAGCUCGACUCUUGGGACCCACCAGAACACAAAUGGGAAGAUGAAUUUGAAGAGUAUCAACGACGGAGCAAGCGCCGCCGACUGGAGCUGGCCCAGUUGGACCUCAACCACAAGCAGGCGCGCAGAGAUGACUUGGCCCAGUCGCAAGGUUUCAAGCUCAAGUUACAUGCCGAUCUUGGGAAACGGCGAUUCGAUGACCUCCACUACGACGAAGCAUUGCAAGAGGUGCGACAGCGAGAAGUCCAGUUGGAGAAGGAGCGGAAGAAGGACAUGCAGCGAAAGAGGCGUCGGGAGAAGUCCAUGGCUCUUACCCUCGAGCUUAAGAAUUCUGCUCUCAAGCGGGCCACCAUUGCCCAGAGCGAGGCAGAGCGCCUGCGGUACAUGAAGGAAGCGGAACGAGCCGAGAAGAAAGUUCAGCAGACCAAAUACAUCUUGCAGAAUGGCCUCAAAGGUCCUCCCCGCAGUUCGAGUGCUCUCGAGCCCAAUCUCGAGGGCGGUACCAUGGCGACUUUCCAGGCCGAAAACAUGGAACCUGGCAAGGGCAAGGGCAAGGGUCGCGCCGGUGGUCGACUCAAGAAGUCCAAGGAGCAGAAGCAGGCAGAGAAGGACAGUGCCGAAGCUGCCCAGGCCGCUCUCGAUGCCGGGAAGGAGCUUCCCACCAAGGAGGAGACGAGCAAGAUUCGACUCAAGGUCACCAAACAGCCCGUCACCGAUUCCGAGAAGGACAAGGAAACCAAGGAGCCCAAGGACUCCAAGAAGGAAAAGGUGGUCGAGGAGCCAAAGGAUCCGUUGGAGAUGCGGUUCCAGUCCAAGGGCUUUAACCAGAUCUACGACCAGAUCUGGCGUGACCUUGCCCGGAAGGAUGUCAACAAGGUCUACAGGCUCGCCACCGACUCAUAUUCCACCAAGGCAUCCAACCUCAAGAAGACCGCCAUUUUGGCGUCCAAGGAAGCAAAGCGAUGGCAGCUCCGCACCAACAAGGGUACCAAAGACCUUCAAGCUCGUGCUAAGCGUGUCAUGAGAGACAUGAUGGGCUUCUGGAAACGGAACGAACGCGAGGAGCGCGACCUCCGCAAGGCCGCCGAGAAACAGGAGCUCGAGAACGCGAAGAAGGAGGAAGCCGACCGUGAAGCGGCUCGUCAAAAGAGGAAGCUCAACUUCCUGAUCUCGCAGACCGAAAUCUACUCUCACUUCAUUGGCAAGAAGAUCAAGACAAACGAGGUGGAGCGCAGCACGGACCGACCCGAGAUUGCCGAUGCGGACCAAAACCAAAUCCCCGAAACGUCUCUUGAUAUCGAGGAGCCUACUGGUCCGGUUGGCUCCAAGGUUACCAACUUUGAAAAUCUUGAUUUCGACGAGGCCGAUGAAUCGACCCUCAAGGCUGCGGCCAUGGCCAAUGCGCAGAACGCCAUUGAGGAAGCGCAAAAGAAGGCGCGGGACUUCAACAAGGACGCCAACCUGGACGAGGAUGGAGAGAUGAACUUCCAGAACCCCACUGGUAUGGGCGAUGUGGAGAUUGACCAGCCGAAGCUGCUCAACUGCCAGCUGAAGGAAUAUCAGCUCAAGGGUCUCAAUUGGCUCGUCAAUCUGUACGAGCAAGGCAUCAACGGCAUCCUCGCCGACGAAAUGGGUCUGGGCAAGACUGUACAGUCCAUCUCUGUCAUGGCCUACCUCGCCGAGAAAUACGACAUUUGGGGUCCGUUCCUUGUCGUUGCGCCGGCUUCUACCCUGCACAACUGGCAACAGGAAAUCACCAAGUUCGUCCCAGAGUUCAAGGUGCUGCCAUAUUGGGGCACCGCUGCCGACCGCAAGGUGCUCCGAAAGUUCUGGGACCGAAAGCACACCACCUACAAGAAGGACGCUGCUUUCCACGUCAUGAUCACGUCGUACCAGCUUGUCGUGUCCGAUGUCGCCUAUUUCCAAAAGAUGAAGUGGCAGUAUAUGAUCCUCGACGAGGCCCAAGCCAUCAAGAGCUCUUCGAGCUCCCGUUGGAAGUGCUUGCUGAGUUUCCACUGCCGCAACCGACUUCUAUUGACCGGUACUCCUAUUCAGAACAACAUGCAGGAACUUUGGGCCCUCUUGCAUUUCAUCAUGCCGUCUUUGUUUGACUCCCACGACGAGUUCAGCGAAUGGUUCUCAAAGGACAUCGAAUCGCAUGCGCAGAGCAACACCAAGCUCAACCAGGACCAGCUGAAGCGUUUGCACAUGAUUCUCAAGCCAUUCAUGCUUCGUCGUGUCAAGAAGCAUGUCCAAAAGGAAUUGGGCGACAAGAUUGAACUCGACGUCUUUUGCGAUCUGACCUACCGCCAGCGUGCCUUGUAUUCGAGCCUUCGCAACCAGAUCAGCAUUCUUGACCUCAUUGAGAAGGCGACCAUGGGCGACGACGAUUCUUCUAGUUUGAUGAAUCUCGUCAUGCAGUUCCGAAAGGUCUGCAACCAUCCCGAUCUUUUCGAGAGGGCCGAUACCAAGUCGCCAUUCUCUUGCGGCUACUUUGCCGAGACGGCCUCUUUUGUCAGAGAGGGCACAAACGUAUCAGUUGGUUACUCUGUUCGCAGUUUGAUCGACUACGACUUGCCCCGCUUGGUGUGGCAAGAGGGCGGGCGCCUGGACAAGCCCGGGCCUGAUAACGCGGUUGCUGGUUUCCGGAGAAAGUACACUGGCGAGCUGUUGAACAUUUGGACACCGGAGAACAUUCGUGAUAGCGUCUCGAAUGCCGAUCACUUUUCAUGGCUGCGAUUUGCAGACGCUAGCCCGCAAGAAGCCUACCAGGCUAGUCAUCGAGGACUGUUCGAGCGAGCUGUGACGCUUUCAACAUCGAAGAACCGGCUCGGGAACAUGAACGUUCUCUAUCGCGAUACAGAAGACGAGAACUGGACUCCGGUCCAUGCUCUGUUCCAGAUUCAGCAACGUACUGACCGCAAGCCUCUUGCCGAUAUCACUGAGCAAGGUGUCCUUCGCGACCUCAUGAAUGUGGCGCGCGCUAACUACGCUGAUAUCGGACUGGGACGACUUGAGCAAGCCGGCCGGCCCCGCGCAUCUGCACCGCCCAUCGAGGUUUCAUGCACUGGCCGCGGCUCGGUUGCGGAGCGUGAGAACAUCCUCUUCAACCCUCAGGUACGCAAGGCAUUGUACGGACCCACCCCCGUCGAAGAGAAGGCGCUCGUCACCGAAAAAAUCCCAAUCGAGCGAUACCCGCCUCCUGCACUCCUGCCGGCGCCAGAUAAGGAGAAGACCCGGUUUACCAACAUUGCGGUCCCCUCGAUGCGCCGCUUCAUUACGGAUUCGGGCAAGCUUGCCAAGCUCGACGAGCUCCUGCGGCAGCUGAAGGAGGGCGGUCAUCGUGUGCUGCUGUACUUCCAGAUGACGCGCAUGAUCGAUCUGAUGGAAGAGUAUUUGACCUACUGCAACUACAAGUACUGCCGCCUCGAUGGUUCAACCAAGCUGGAAGACAGAAGAGAUACCGUGUCGGACUUCCAAACCCGGCCCGAGAUCUUCAUCUUCUUGCUCUCUACCCGUGCUGGUGGUCUUGGUAUCAAUCUAACCACGGCCGAUACUGUCAUCUUCUACGACUCUGACUGGAACCCGACCAUUGAUUCACAGGCCAUGGAUCGUGCCCAUCGUCUUGGUCAGACGAAGCAGGUCACCGUCUAUCGUCUCAUCACGCGCGGCACCAUCGAGGAGCGCAUCCGCAAGCGUGCCAUGCAGAAGGAAGAGGUGCAGCGCGUCGUCAUCACGGGCGGCUCGUCGGCGGGUGGCGCCGGUGUCGACUUCUCUGGACGUAGGGCGCCCGAGAACCGGAACCGCGACAUUGCCAUGUGGCUUGCGGAUGAUGAACAGGCCGAGAUGAUUGAACGCCGCGAGAAGGAAUUGCUCGAGAGCGGGGAGUACGACAAGAUUCAGAAGAAGCGUGGUGGCAAGCGGAAGCGGGCGGAUGCUCCAACCAGCCUGGAUGAGAUGUAUCACGAAGGCGAGGGCCAUUUUGAUGACAACAAGGGUUCCGGCACAGCCACACCAAACGCUGCCGGAGCCGACGCCGCCGAUGUCCGCCCUGGAAAACGCACCAAGCGUGCUCCCACCGGCAAGAAAGCCAAGACAACAAAGCAACGGUUGGCGAUUGCUGACGGCGAGAUCGAUAUUUGAUCACCUACUCUUUCACCUGCAGGACAAUAUGGUAGCAAUAAGCCUGUACCAAGACCAAGCCGCCGUCUACGCACCCCGCCGGUAUAGAUUUUCUUCUUUUCUUUUUCUUCUUCUUUUGCACACAGCACACGUGGUUGUUGGGUGUAUGUAGCCUAGUUCAUUAAAGAACACUGGUAGACACAAAAACGGGAAUGGUACUUGGGGCUGGGGAGAGGAGUUCAGGUCAGCUCAAGGGGUAGCAAGCGGAUAACAAAUGAGGAAUGGGUGGAAGGGUCAACUAAAGAUGUUCAUGUUGUAUUUCUGUAGAAUAAUUACUUUUGUUUCAUGUUGUGUAUUGUUCUUGUGGAUGCCGCUGUGGUGGUUUUGUGUAGGAUGAGAGGUUGUGUCUGAUGAAGGGAAUUGUGUGUGGGCAAUGGAACAAAAGUGGAGAGAUGGGGGAGUUGGGGAUUUAGUUUGUCGGCUUGUUGGGGUGGUAGAUGGUGAGAGGUGGUCAUUUUUGAGACGAGAGACUUCAAGACAACGAUGAAGAUGAAGUUGAUAUUUCCGA